AUGAAUUCUAGGCCGACUAUGAUGUCUUCAUUGAUGAAAACACUCACACCAUCGCAGAAGAUACGCAACCUCGUCAACGUCAACAAUCAUCCCCCAUUUGCCUGGAACUCAGUUUUACGGCAUUUGCCUUGUCCCCGUUUUUCUCUCUUUGACUCUCUCAUUCAAUCCCGCCGGUUGCGAGGGAUCUCUUUACUGCCCUCGCGGAACCAUUCUCCAUUCUACUCUGUCUCAUUCCCUGCCAAUAUCAUGAUGCUUCAUGCAUAA